AUGAUCGGAACAGUGCCUCUUCCUUCAUCUUCUACUCUCUUUCUUGAACCAAACAACGAUCUUCAUUCUCAGAGAUCAUCAUCAUCAGUAGUUUCGCAGAGACUCGCUUCAACUAUCUGUUGUUCUUCAAGAAGCAAUGCUUAUAUACCCAAGCUCGAACCCUUUAGCAGAAGCAAACUCGAUCGAAUCGUCAAAGACCCUCCUCUGAUCGAGAAAUCCGAAAGCGAACUCGCAGAUUACUGUUCAACGCUUGAAGGAGACGCUUCUUAUAGCUGCUGGCAGGCGUAUUUCGAACUCAAAGAUCUUGAGAAAGAAACUCCAAAACAAGAGAUAGAAAGGGUGAUUCUACAAGCGGGUGGGGUGAAAUCUCUCAUCGGCUGCUUGCACGGAAUUUCAGCGAUUCACAAAGCGAAGAAAGAAUGCAACGGGCCUACAAAACCAUUGGUUCCAGAGAAAAUGGGCGAAAGACCUUGUCCAAUCCCUGAUGGAUUGCCAAAGACAAUGGAAGAGCUUGAAGAAGAAGAGAAGGCGAGAAUGCCUGAUUCACCCUUCACCAGAUUGCUCAGAACCAAAGCGUAUCGCCUCAUUCUGUUCCACGGCAACGACAUUGUAUUAGCAUAA